AUGGCUCCGUUCCUUGAAGAAAAGGCCAGUGUUGACACACCGGAGCAACUUCUUGAACAUCUGCAGGACAGCAAGACUCUUCCAUUAUGGACUCAAAUGACUCGACUUAACCCACCCUUGCCCAAUCCGACAGCGGUACCUUACGUCUGGGAGUACGAUAGCAUUCGUCCCAACUUGCUGCGAGCCGGGAACCUCAUUUCUGAGAAGCAGGCCGAGAGACGGGUGUUGAUGCUGAUCAAUCCCACUAGAGAUGCCCCCUACACAACCGAUACCCUCUACGCAGGCCUGCAGCUUGUUAUGCCCAAUGAAACUGCCCCUGCUCAUAGGCACACUGCAUUUGCUAUGCGCUACAUUAUCGAGGGCAACGGGGGCUUCACUGCCGUGCACGGCAAGAGAAUUCAGAUGCAGAAGGGAGAUGUGAUCCUCACCCCAACCUGGAACUGGCACGAUCAUGGGAAGGAUGGCUCCGGACCCAUGAUCUGGUUAGAUGGGCUGGAUUUGCCCAACUUUCGCCAUUUUCCCGUCCAUUUUGUCGAGCACUUUGAGCAACCUAGAUAUCCUGCCGACAAUGUUGAUACCAGUGCUUCGCCAAUCGUGUUCCCUUGGGUUCGCAUGAAGGCCCAGCUCGAUCAGGACGAGGGCAGUUGGACUACAAAGCGAUAUCUGAAGGAGGACGGAAGUGAAGUGAGCCGUAUUAUUGGUGGCUGCGCAGAGAGGCUUGGUGCUUCAACCCCGUCUCCCGCCCGUCGCGAGACGACUUCCGCUGUCUACCAUGUUAUCGCAGGAAGUGGGACUUCCCAGGUUGGAGACGAGACCCUCACAUGGAAGACUGGCGACACAUUCUGCAUUCCUUCAUGGUACAAGUACCAGCACUUUGCCAAUGAGGGGGAAACGGUGUACUUCUACCGUUUUGACGAUAAGCCGAUGAUUACAGCUCUUGGCUUUUAUCGGACAGAACAGAUGGAUGUGGAGAGCCUCGUUUCUGAUUAA